AUGGUCGUCCGUCCGUAUUAUACCAAAGAAGGAAAAGUACUUCCUUUCGACAAACUCAUAGAGCUCGAACAAAUCGACGAGUUGACGUUCCGCUCGAUAACCAGAGGCUACUCACCAACAGGCGGAGAAAAUGGGACCCACCAGAAUAUCACCGGCUGGUUCAACCUCGCUGGAAACCCCAAUGAGCACUUCACCUACCGUGUGGAGAAAAUCCGCGAUGGCUACAACUACUGCUCUCGCAACGUAACCGUGACCCAAGCCGCAGCGAAAAGCAGCACCUUCACAUGCAUAUGUUCUUUCAAGCGCGAAGAAAGCGCAUCAGUCGAUGCCCAAGAACACAUCAACCUAAAAGAAAUGUACCAAGAAGUCCUCAAAGGCCGAGAAAACGAACCAAUGCAGCACUCCUCAACCCCCAGCAACGACUCCGCCGUCUUCGUCGAAGACUACCUCCCAGCCCACCCAAAUCACUUCAACCCCGUCCCCGGCCUGCACCUCCGAAAAGUCGAAAUGGCACCCUACAACCGCACCCGCGCACCACUCGACCGAAAACAGUUAACCUUUUACUCCCUGCGGGGAUCGCUUCCAUUACCUACCGCGCCCUUCCCAUCCCCCUCAGAUCCCAGAAAGAUGAAAUUGACAAGAGAAGCAAACAUGCACGCCUGCACCCACCUCUACGCCUCAGACUGCCAAUCCCCCCAAAUCGUCCCGCGACACCUCGAUAAACCCCGCGACUUCACACGCAUGGCAUCGCUCAGCCACAGCGUAAUCUUCCACACGGGCAUCCGGGAUCUUAUUAUGUCUCCCGAACCGCGCGUCGACCAUCCGCACGCUGAGCCUACGCUCUGGGAAGAUGGGGCGUUGCCGGUGUGUAAUCUGGAGGGGUAUGGGAAGGGGGAUCAGGAUGGACGGAAGUGGUUUGUGCAGGAGUCGUGGGUUACGCGGGCGGCGGAGGGGAGGGCGCUGUAUAUGAGUCGCAUGUGGGAUUAUGAGAGGGGCGUGCAUGUUGCGACUACUUUUCAGGAUGGAUUGGUUAGGUUUAGGGAGGAUGUGAAGUUAUAG